CUAGUUUUGUCAGAAAUCUGGCCCAAUCUGGCAACACUGGUGACGUCAGCUGACGUAGCGGUUGUUGUCAUUCCGGACUUCUGAGACACGGUAGCUGCUAGCACCAGCAAGCCGACGAACAGUAUAUUACUAUUAUAGAUAUUAUUAUUGUUGUUAAUAUACCACAGAUCAUAUCAAUGGUCUGUUUUAUCAGGCGGCUUCACGUGCGGCAGGGUACAGAACCCCACAGUACGCAUGCUGCUCCCGUCACACCGAUGUUGAGGUUUAAUGAGGAGAGAGAAGAAGAAAUCAGCUGGGAGCUCCGCCGCUAGCCGGGUAGCCCCGCCGCUAGCCGGGUAGCCCUGCCUCUAGCCCGCUAGAGAGAGGAGGAGUCUGACCUGCCUGUGGCUCCGCCCCUGGCCCCAGCAUGGCUCGUCCCUUCAAGAUCCCCAAGCGCAGUGCGGGCUCCCCCCAAGAAGGCUCUGAGCGCUUCUGGACGCAGUCGCCACUCUCCCGCCUGCAGGACGGGGAGCCCCACCCAGAGCAGAGGGACCGUGCUGGGGCUCCUGCCGGACGUAAGGACAUGAUGCAUUCUGGGAAGGGGUUCGGCCCCGGAGGUGGGAGGAGCAGCUUCUCCCAGCAGCACUUCAGAGACCAGGUGAAGUCCUACCUGGGAAUCCAGCGGUCACUGAAGGAGCCGGGAGGGGGCUCUAAACCCCCUCACCCUCAACCGCCCUCGCCCCCGCCGCCCGCCGCCCGACCGCCGUUCAGCCUCGCCAACGGGUGGCGUCCUAAGAGGGCUUCUGACCGUCUGUCUCCGGACCGGGCACCACUGAAGAAGAGCUCUGGGGCCGGCGGCCGCGGUGCAGGGGUCAGGGCCGUCUCCGUGGACCCGGACCCCUCUGACGGGGAGGCCCCUGGUCCCAGCGCCCAGCGCCACCCGGCCCCCCCCCUCAGACCGGCCCCCCCGCCGUCCCCGAGGGCGGAGCGGAGGCUGACCCUGAACCGGACCUCCUGGCAGGCGGCCAGGGGCCCCGCCCGCAGCCCCCUCCCCCUGGGGGCCAGGAGGACCCCCGGCAGCCCAGCAGAGCCCAUUGUGCUGUCCAGUGAGGAAGAGGAUGGUGAGCAGGAGGAAGGUGUCCGGCCCCCCCCUGCACAGCGGACGCAGGCCGGUGGGCCGGUCCUCUCGGGUCGUGGUCCGGGGGCGGGGCUAAGGGGCGGGGCCAGCACAGCGGAUCAGACCACGCCCCCCUCCAUGGAGCUGGAGUUCAGCGACCUCCACCUGGGACUGACCCGGGCGGGGGCCAGCGGGACCCUGAGGAUCACAGAGCACGCCAUCAUACUUCCUCUGAAAGGGGACUCCGCUGGCGGGGGGCAGUGCGAGGUGGUGGUGGUCGCCUCCCAGGUCAGAGGGCACGGCCUGUGGGAAGGGGGCGUGGCCGGUGGAGGUCCCGCCCCCUCACUGCUCUUCCUCUGGGUGACAGUCGCACAGGCCAAUCUGCUGCAGACUGAGAUGUCAAUCAUCCACCCUGUCUCCAAGCAUGGUGGGAGCUGUGUGUUCCUGCUGGUGGUCCUCAGUGUGUCUGAGCUGCAGGCGGCGCUCUGUCUCUCCCUGCUGGGCACGGAGGAGUACUGCUGCUCCUCCCCUCUGGAUCUCAGCCAGGCCCUGCGCCUCCUCAGAGACCUCCCGCCCCCCCUCCACACACACCUCCUCAUGCUCCUGGGGCAGCCCACAGAGGGGUCCAAUCAGAGGACCAGGAGCUCUGCGGGCCAGAGGCUGAUCCAGUACCCCGCCCCCCCCUCUAAGGGCAGCAUCACCGUGACGACGGAGGACCUGGCCUGCCUCAAGCCCGGAACCUUCCUUAACGACGUCAUCAUCGACUUCUACCUCAAGUACCUUCUCCUGGAGGGGGUCCCCGUGGGGUUCUCCGAGCGCUGUCACGUCUUCAGUAGUUUCUUCUUCAGGCAGCUGUCCAGACGCCGCGCCCAGGGGGAGGAAGUCCCCGCCCUGCUGACCAGGGAGGUGCGCCACCAGAGGGUCAAGACGUGGACGCGACACGUGGACAUCUUCACCAAGGACUUCCUGUUUGUCCCUGUCAACCAGGAGGCUCAUUGGUACCUGCUGGUCAUCUGCUUCCCGGGGCUGGAGGGGGUCCAGCACCAGGACUGGGCCGGCCCUGUGGCUGAACACCAGGGAAAAGGGUCUACAGACAAAAGCAAAGCUAAGCCAAGUGCCUCCACCCUCAGACCACCGGAGUGUUCCCAGGCGGGCUGCGAGAGAGGAAGGGUUCUAAAGAGGUCCUGUAUCCUGGUGAUGGACUCCCUGAGGCUGUCGGCCCAUGAGAACGCCUGCAGGCUGCUGAGAGAAUACCUGCAGGUGGAGUGGCAGGUGAGGAGAGGGAAGGCCCGCCUCUUCACGCCCGACACCGUGUGCAGCGCCGUGUGCCGGCUCCCCCUGCAGGACAACAGCAGCGACUGCGGCCUGUACCUCCUGCAGUAUGCAGAGAGCUUCCUCCAGAACCCCGUGGUGCACUUUGACCUCCCGGUUCGUCUGGAGGGCUGGUUUCCACGGCAGCAGAUCAGAUCCAAACGGGACCAAAUCCGGAGUCUGGUCCUGGACCUCCGAGAGGACCAGAGCCACCCAGGACCACGCUAGACCAGACCAGACCAGUAGAGACCAGUAGAGACCAGAGCCACCCAGGACCACGCUAGACCAGACCAGACCAGACCAGACCAGUAGAGACCAGAGCCACCCAGGACCAC